GCGUGCGGGGCUCGUUGGGAGCCGAGGUCGGACGCUGGCGGGUGGCUGAAGGGUAUUUUCUGCUCGGGUGUUAAAUGUGUUACCGGGAGUUGUUGCUGUCGUGCCGUGAGCUUCUGUUGUCAGCUUUAUGAGCGCUGGGCUUUAGGGCGGUGCUGCCCAGAGCUGUGCUGCCCAUCCCUGGAGGUGCCCGAGGCCGUGGAUGGGCUCUGAGCAGCCUGAGCUGUGGGCAGCCGGCACACGGCAGGGCUGGGGGAUCCCCGAGCUCCCCUCCAUCCUCAGCCACUCUGAUUUCCUUCUUCAAAAGGGUUGAGAAGGAUCCCCCGGGCUGGAGGCGGAGCGCAAACAUCUGUGUUUUCCUACAAUAAUAACUCAGUUUCUUUGGCACCUUUUAACCCUGUAGUGUAGUUUACUAAUUUUUGCAAAGGAAAUCUAAUUCAGCCCAUGCUGUGAAUGGAGUCCCGGCCCCUGCUGAGCGCACCCAGUAAGGUAAGCAGAGGUCUGUGGCCUCACAGAUGGGUCCUGUGAAAAGUCUGUGGCUCUAGCAGUGCUGCACGGUUGUGAAACUCCCUGCUUUUCUCAUGGUUAAUUUCUUGGAAUGCUCAUAAACCAUCACGAGUGCAAUAACUCGUGAAACACACGAGGCUGUUGUCUGUGGGCUAAGAAAUCUGGGCCCAAAGUGCAGCACACGUGACACAGCAGAUGAGGGGAAUGAGCAAGCUGACGUGGGCAGGAGGAAAGGUGGAGAGCAUGGUUUGGGUCAGUGAUCUUCAGCUCCUUUCUUGACCCCCUGGGUGUCUUCUCACUUUAGCUCUCACUCUGGAACCAGAGGCUCAAAAGAGCAAGAGAGGCACAGGAGGAAGGAAUGAGCCUGCAGCUCAUCAUAGCAGGUGUUAUAUGCAGGUGUUGCUGACCUGUCAUGAUGUAUACAAUCAGUAAAUCCGUCUGCUACACCUCGUGUAAGCAAACAGGGAGCAUAAGGUAUUGUAAAGCUGUGUCCUGUAACCAUUCGUGGCUUAGGUGCCUUGCUGGGGCUUUGUGUUAGCAAUGGGGCAGGUACACUGGUAGUCCUGGAGCUUUCUGCUACAGUGGGGGGAUGUGGCUGGAGAGAUGUGCAUCUACAUGUUACAGGCUUAGUACAUAUAUAGUAUGUGUUCGUGGUGCCACGGUGUAUGGGGCAUAUGAAUACAUGCACAAUUAGGCAUAGCAUACCCUUCAUAUUAAAUAAAUCUUCCUGUGCUAUUUCCAACUUCAAUUAAAAUGUAACUAUACAGUUCAGAAUAGAUUAAUCUAUUUGGAGUGCAGUCAGAUAAAUGUAAAAUAAUGAUUUUUCAUGAUUGGCCUGAAUGGAGCUUGGAGUCCAUCGCAAGAAUUCUUACCCUGCUGCUUGGCAGAUAAGGAGCAUGAGGUGAGGGUGAACGAAGGCCUUGUUCAGAGAAGUGGGUCAGCAGGGAACCAAAUCUCUGUGCUGCUCUUAUGGCUGUGUUGCUGCUGCUGCAUUUUUGUAGUUCUUGCUCAGGAUUAUGCUGUUUCUUGGUUGUUCCCUCUAAGCGUGCUUCGAUGGCUGUGGUUCUGUUAUGUAGAUUAAAACCACGUCUUUAGCAGGCAUAGAAAAUCAUUGCCAGGAUUAUCUUGACUUUGGACUAUUUUAGACUUGAAGUUAUGCACGAAACUUCAUAUUACUGCUGGAAGAAGAAAAAAUGGGAAUGGAGAGAUUGCAGUUCUCAGCAAGAAGCAAAUUGUGAGAUGUGAUCAGCAUUGCUUUUUCCCUGUUUUGUUUGUACUCAAGUGGAAGUUGAUCACAGUUCCCAUUCACGUAUUUCUGAUGCUGGGGUUCUUGGUCUUAUUUUACUCAUUCCAAACUGUUCUGCUGGUUCAAAAAUAGCACCUCCUAACUGAGGUAGAGGCACACGGCACCAUCUGGGAGCCUGCUGCCACAGGCACUCCUCAUGGAAGCAAAAUGAGGGUGGUUGCAGGGCAUGCAGCCCAUGAGGCACACGAGAUAUGUGGAUGGUACUUGGUUAAUGGGAAGGUUUGAGUGGGCAGUGCUGUGUUUGGCAUGUGUUGGUUUUGUUUUCCUGCCACUUCACCGCAACCCUUAUUGCUUACUGUUAAUUCAUUGCCUUGGCUGUCAUUCAGACAAAUACUUUUUAUCCUCAGGGAACCAUAAGGCAUCUAAUGGAAAUGUUACUCUGAUUUUAUUCCUGUUAGGUUCUAAAAUUCUGUAUAAAAAUUGAGACCAUGAACAGCACGGAUGGUGCAGAACGCUGAUAUCGUUUUCUAACCAAAUACUUUCACAGUCCAAAAAGUCCCUGAUUACCCCGCUCAUUUUUCUCCUAGGUGUUAAACACAUAUGAGUUCGAGGGCCUGACAGUGUUCAUUCCUAACCCUCUUGUUCCCUAGUUUCCCAGCUGGACGUUGUUUCUGGCUGUCUGCUCGGUGGGAAUUGGAGGGACCUUUCAGUAUGGAUAUAACGUUUCCAUUAUCAACGCCCCCACUCAGGAGUACUUCCAAGAGUAUGGAAAUACUGUGUGAAAACACAUUUCCCAGAAGUGUACAUCUGUGCCCUGUGUUAAUGGAAAGGAGCCCUUCUGAUGAACAACAUUAUAGCCAUACUGGCUGCCAUUUUAAUGGGGAUCAGUUUUCCAACAGGAUUGUUUGAGUUGCUGAUCGUUGGAAGGUUUUUGAUUGGCAUAAAUUCAGGUGUUGGGCUCUGUGUGCAACCCUUGUACCUUGGGGAGGUUGCCCCAAAACAUCUCCGAGGAGGAAUGGCCAUGGGUAGCUCCAUCUUUCUGACUGGGGGCAUUCUGACAGGACAAAUAAUUGGUUUGAGGGAAAUUUUAGGUGCAGAAGCAUAUUGGCCACUUUUGCUAUCCAGCAGCUGUGUUCCAGCAUUUGCCCAACUUUUGUUCCUGCCAUGGUUUCCUGAAAGUCCCAGAUAUCUUCUUAUUGAUAGAGGUGAUGAGCUGAGCUGUGCCAAAGCUUUGAAGCGAUUUCAUGGUUCUUCACAGUAUCAAAGGGAGAUGGAAGACAUACAGCGGGAAUGCUUUGCCUUAGAUGGGGAGAAACCCAAGAAGCCCUGGCAGCUCUUCACUGAUCGUGCUGUGCGAUGGCAGCUCGUUACUGUGGUUGUGAUGACUAUGGGCCAGCAGCUGAGUGGGAUAAAUGCUAUUUAUUUCUAUGCAACCUAUGUUUUCGAGCAAGCUGGGAUCUCAACUGAAAAAAUCCCUUAUGUGACUCUUGGCACUGGCGCUUGUGAAUGCCUCACAGCACUCACCUGUGGUUUACUGAUAGACCGCGUGGGAAGAAGAUACCUCAUCCUUGGGGGAUACCUCCUGAUGACCCUCUGGAGCGUUGUUCUAACGUUCUCUCUGACUUACCAGGAACUCUACCCCUGGGUGCCUUAUGUGAGCAUGAUGUCGAUAUUUGCCUUCAUACUGAGCUUUGGGCUGGGACCAGGUGGCAUAACCAACACCCUGACAGCUGAAAUCUUUGUGCAGUCUUCACGUCCUGCUGCCUGCAUGAUUGGAGGGACUAUGAGCUGGAUUAGUUUCUUCACCAUUGGAAUGCUUUUUCCUUUUAUAGUGAGAGGACUGAAGCAGUACUGUUUUGUGGUGUUCUUACUGGAGUGCUCCUUAGUUGCUGCUUUCAUCUUCCUCGUAAUUCCUGAGACAAAAAACAAAUCUUUUCUGGAGAUCAAAAAGGAAUUUCACAAACUUAAUUUUGGAGGAAAAAGCAAAGAAAAGGAAACAGAACUUAAUGAAAGAAGCCAACUCCAUGAUGAAUAUUAAAAAGUGUGUUUUCACAGCU